CAGGCCGCCGCGUCUUCUCGUGUCCCCGCGCUGCGCAGGGCUCUCCCGGGGCGCUGCGGGUGGGAGGGCCGGCCGCCCAGCACAGGUUUCCUAAAAGACAGAAAAUGGAGGACUCGGUCAACCAGAUGCAACCCCUGAACGAGAAGCAGAUGGCCAACUCUGAAGAUGGAUAUGUCUGGCAGGUCACUGACAUGAAUCGCCUGCACCGCUUCUUAUGUUUUGGUUCUGAAGGUGGGACUUAUUACAUCAAAGAGCAGAAGCUGGGCCUUGAAAACGCCGAAGCUUUAAUUCGGCUGAUCGAGGAUGGCAGAGGCUGCGAGGUGGUCCAGGAAAUCAGGUCCUUCAGCCAGGAAGGCAGGGCCGCCAAGCAGGAGCCCAUGCUCUUCGCGCUGGCCGUUUGUUCCCAGUGUUCCGACGUCAGCACGAAGCAAGCGGCCUUUAAAGCCGUCGCUGAGGUUUGCCGCAUCCCGACACAUCUCUUCACUUUCAUCCAGUUUAAGAAAGACCUGAAGGAGAGCAUGAAGUGCGGCAUGUGGGGGCGCGCCCUCCGGAAGGCCGUGGCAGACUGGUACAAUGGGAAAGGCGGCAUGGCCCUGGCCCUGGCGGUCACCAAAUACAAACAGAGAAACGGCUGGUCUCACAAGGACCUCUUACGACUGUCGCAUCUUAAACCGUCCAGUGAAGGACUUGCUAUUGUGACCAAAUACAUUACGAAGGGCUGGAAAGAGGUCCAGGAGUUGUAUAAGGAAAAAGCGCUUUCUGUGGAGACUGAAGAAUUACUGAAGUACCUGGAGGCUAUAGAGAAGGCGAAGCGCACGAAAGACGACCUGGAAGUCGUUCAGCUGAUCGAAGAGCACAGGUUGGUCAGGGAACAACUUCUGACAAAUCACUUGAAGUCGAGAGAGGUGUGGAAGGCUUUGUUACAAGAAAUGCCUCUUACUGCGUUGCUAAGGAAUCUAGGAAAGAUGACCGCUAAUUCAGUGCUUGAACCAGGAAACUCAGAAGUAUCUUUAGUAUGUGAAAAACUGUGUAACGAGAAACUAUUAAAAAAGGCUCGCAUACACCCAUUCCAUGUUCUGACUGCGCUGGAGACCUACCGAGCGGGGCACGGGCUCAGGGGGAAGCUGAAGUGGCGCCCCGACGAAGGGGUCCUGAAAGCUCUGGACGCCGCCUUCUACAGGACAUUCAAGGCGGUGGAGCCGACCGGCAAGCGGUUCCUGCUGGCUGUUGACGUCAGUGCUUCCAUGAGCCAGAGGGUGCUGGGCAGCGUGCUCACCGCCAGCACGGUCGCCGCCGCCAUGUGCAUGGUUGUCACACGAACAGAAAAAGAUUCUUAUAUAGUUGCUUUUUCAGAUGAAAUGGUACGAUGUCCAGUAACUACAGAUAUGACUUUACCACAGGUGUUAAUGGCUAUGAAUCAGAUCCCAGCAGGUGGAACUGAUUGCUCUCUUCCGAUGAUCUGGGCUCAGAAGACAAACACAGCUGCCGAUGUCUUCAUUGUCUUCACGGAUAAUGAGACCUUUGCUGGAAAUGUCCACCCUGCUGUCGCUCUGAGGCAGUAUCGAAAGAAAAUGAACAUUCCGGCUAAGUUGAUUGUUUGUGGAAUGACAUCAAAUGGUUUCACCAUUGCAGACCCAGAUGACAGAGGCAUGUUGGACAUAUGUGGUUUUGACACUGGAGCUCUGGAUGUAAUUCGCAAUUUCACCCUGGAUGUGAUUUAAGCAUAAGCACCCGCAUGAUCCAAGCGGUUUGUUGCAUUAGUGAUCUCGCUAAAAACACACAGCUACUUCCCAGCUAAUCUUAAUCCAGCGAAAGAUAAGAUGAUGGCAUAGUCUGUGUAUAAUGAACGUUUACCAAAAAAACACAAAAACGGGGAGGAAAAAUAAGAUAAGCCCAAAGUUACUUCUGGGAAAUAGCUUCUGAAUACACUGUAGCUCCCUCUAAGAGAGAAAACUUCUUGUCCACAGACACUGUAAAUUAGUCACACAGUCUUGAUUUGGUAAAGAAUCACAUUUGUAUUUUAAAGAAGAGCCAAACUUGUAAGUAGUUCCAUAUCAUGGCAGUUGUUUGGAAAGUGCUUACGUUUUCCUAACUUUCCAUUGGGAAAGGACAGCUUCGGCGAUGUCCGCAGACUCUGAAAUGCACUGGACCAUGUAACUGUGAUGGUGCGUAAAACCUACCGCACACUUUUGUACCGGGGGCACGCGGCAACCCAAAACAGCUGACUACAUGAUGAAUGAGUUUUACAAAUCCUUUUAAGAGUUUUCUAAGAUCGCAUAAAGAGCAGCUUUCUUACUCAGUAAAAAAAUAUUUUGUCUUAAUAUUUUAUUUACACUUGUAGAAUUGUUACCAUUAACUGGAAACAGUAGGAAGGAAGCCCCAGGAAGGGGACUUGGUUUGUGUCAGGGGAGGAAGUUUCUGGAGUGUCUUGUUUUGGUGCAUGUUAUUGCUGUGGGUUGAGGGCAUGACUUGUCAGUUUCCUCCGAGUCACAACCGCAUAGCUGCGCACAGUCAUACUUCAUUUUCAUACUCUCAAAUGAAAAUAGCAUAAAAGGUUUCAAGCGUUUAACUCCCCCACUCAUAAUAUGAAAUCGACAGAAUCUCAACUACAAUCGGAUUAGUUUUUUCUUGACUGUAAAAUAAAUACUGUUCUAAUUACUUUUAACUACUUUUUAGCUAAUUGUACAUGGGUUUUAGGUAUUUUCUAAUUGUGAACAUGUCAAUGGCCUAUUUCUUUGUUCAUUAUUCAUUGUGACAAAUUCUUUUUUGAUAGAGUAAAAGUAAAACAAUAAAGCAAGCUAGGUCUUGCAGGUUUGGAAGGCAACUUUUGAGUAGCAUUUACCACUAACCAGUCUGUAAGAAAGUAUUUUUUUCUAUUUUAUUUGUGUAUAUUAAACUUUUUUUCAUUAAGCUAAGGUGCAUUAUUUUCUUAAGCAAAUACCCGUUUGUGGGGAGGUUUAACCUGUUUAAAUGCCAGUAACUUUCCUUAUAAUUAUAUCAUGGUUGUCUAAGCUCACACACACAAAACUUCAAUUUUUAUGUGUUCUUUAAAUAGCAAUUGAGGACUUACGGGGUUUUUAUAAAUCCCUAUGUGCUUGGGGUUUAGAGGUUUUCUGUUUUGGGGGUUAGGGAGCCUUGAGUGGUGUUAGGAUUUGUGUAGAUGAUAUUUUCUGCUUCAUGGGAGACUUGGGCUGCGGGAGCGACAGGAAAUGUUCCUUUCGAGCUUUUUGACAGAGUGACGCCCUCCCUGCUGCGCAGGUGACGCCCUCUCUGCUGCGCAGGCUCCCGGGCAGCUCUCAGCCGCUUGCCCGCGUGAUGUGCCCGAGAGCACCCCACACACCCCAAAACACGUAGCCUUUGAUGUCGUUUCUCUUUUAAUCUAUCAGACAUUGCAUUUAUCAUUUUAACUUUUAUGUUCAGAAUGAAUUUGAAGUUUAAAGAACCUAAUAGAAUUUGUGUUAUAGUUCUGGAAUUCUUUGAGUAAACCCAAGAUCAUAAAAAUUUAAAAAUCAUAAAAUGAUACCACUUUUUAUUCCUAAUUGAAAUGAGAUAUAGGAUAAAAGUGUAUUUAGACUGAUAUAUUCAUGAGCUGAUAAUAAAUCCAUCAGAAAAAUAAGAUUAGAUGUGAACUUUUUGAAGUAGUUAAAGAAGAAUGAAAUGGAUUAGGGUACAAUUUUUAAAAAGGGGGGAAAAAAACUAAAAGGAACCACCCAGAAGGUAACUUUAUUUUCAAAUGUCCUGGAAUUUUUGAGCUGGAACAAACCUUAGAAAUGUAAAAAAGUGAUUAUUUUUUAUUUAGGUUAGGGAGCUGGGGUCCGAGAAAGUGGGGCUUUGGAGCAUUAGAUUUGGAAUCUCCCUUUUCAUUCCAGGCUUCAUGUCCCCACAAAUGGGGAAACACUGACUCACCAGAGUAGGGGAGAAAAUAGAAUUAUUCAAGAGUUUUAUCUUUCACAUAUUAGGACAUAAUGUAUAUAAAUGAUUGCGGGAGGAGUAGGAAAACAAAUGGGAAAUGCAG